UGGGCGCACCGUGUUGGUGGAACUUUCCGCAGUCGCGGAUCCUCCAAGUGCUUCCACCACGUCCAGUAUGGCGACCGUCCACAUCGAGCACGCGAAUCCGCACACCGAGUACAUGAAACAGAGUCUGUGCAUCUUUGUCAUUGGCGCCUCUGGAGAUCUCGCAAAGAAGAAGACAUAUCCAUCACUGUUUGAGCUGUACGUGCACAACUUUUUGCCCACCCACACGAUCAUCUGUGGGUACGCCCGAUCACACAAGACGGACGAGGAGUUUCGAGCGUUCCUGUCGCCGUUUUUGAAGUCGUUGGUGGACGUGGACGAACGGAAAAAGAUGCAAUUCCUCAACAUGUGCGUAUACCGCCAUGGCGGAUACGAUUCCGCCGAGAAUAUUGGUGCUGUCUCCACGGAAAUGCUGACCCUCGAAGAAAGCACGGGGCUUGGCGUCCACAAUCGAUUGUUUUACUUUGCAAUCCCUCCCAACGUCUUUGUCGCUGCAGGCACUGCCAUCAAACGCGCAGCGUUGACGACGUCCGGCUGGAACCGCCUGAUCGUCGAAAAACCAUUUGGCCACGAUCUAGGAUCAUGCAACGAUCUCUGUGACGCCAUGGGCGCUCUCUACGACGAAGACGCAGUCUACCGCAUUGACCACUACCUUGGGAAGGAAAUGGUACAAAACUUGCUGCUGCUUCGUUUUUCAAACGCCACACUCGAGCCGUUGUGGAACCGACGACACAUUUCGAGUGUCACGAUCACGUUCAAGGAAGACAUUGGCACGAUGGGCCGCGGUGGGUACUUUGACUCGUACGGUAUCAUCCGCGACGUGAUGCAGAACCAUCUCCUUCAAGUGCUGUCGCUUGUGGCGAUGGAGCCCCCGGUGCGGUGCACAGGCGACGACCACGCGACGUUUGUGCGAAACGAAAAGGUCAAAGUGCUGCGCUGCAUUGAACCGGUCGUGCUGGACGACGUUGUUCUCGGCCAGUACGUGGGCAACGGAACAAACGAGCCAGGGUACCUCGACGAUAAGACGGUCCCACCCGACUCGACCACACCGACUUACUGCACGGCAGUCCUGCGAGUGAACAACGCCAGGUGGGAUGGCGUGCCUUUCAUCAUGAAGGCAGGGAAGGCAUUGGACGAACGCAAGGCUGAAGUCCGCAUUCAGUUUCGUGAAGCGGCGGGUGCCACCCAAAUGUUUCCUAACAUGGUCAUCCCUCGCAACGAGCUCGUCCUGAGGUUGCAGCCCAACGAAGCCAUGUACUUGAAGACAAACGUGAAGUCGCCUGGUCUGCGCACGGCUCCCAUCUCAAGCGAAUUGGACUUGAAUUAUGCUGCAAGAUAUGCCGACGCCCACAUGCCGGACGCGUACACUCGUCUGAUGCUGGAUGUGCUGCGUGGCUAUCAGUCCAUGUUUGUUCGGAACGACGAACUCCAAGCUGCGUGGGCCAUCUUCACCCCUCUUCUCCAAGAGAUCGAAGCAAAGAAGAUCAAGCCGCUGCCGUACACUUUUGGAUCGCGAGGCCCUGUCGAGAGCGACGAGCUCUCGGCCAAUAAUGGAUUCGUUUACCACCAAGGAGACUACAAAUGGCAGCCGGCGACGUCCAGCCUUUAAGUACACUCGUCGUCCCUUGUUCCUGUGUCGAUGUCGCUCCUGCGCGAGCGAUCGAUGGAUCUGCCGACAGAAAACCGCCAGAGAUCGGUUAUGAGUGGUACUGUUUUGAGCAUUUAUUUGUAUGACGAGCUUAAUUUAUUAUGAUAUUGCCAAUUGCCA